UUAUUCAAACCACAACAACUAUGUCUUCUGGAGUUGGUAUUCACGAUGAUGUUAUUGCUCGCUUUGAGGAGAUGAAGUUACGCCACCAACAUGCUUACAUUGUCUGCAAGGUGUCUGCGGAUGGGUCUCAAAUCGUAGUGGAUCAAAUCCUUUCUACUGCAGAAUCCCUUUGUCUCGGAACAGAAGCCACUUAUGCCAAGUUUGUUCAAGCUCUUCCAGAAAAGGAAGGAAGAUACGGUAUUAUGGAUUUAAAGUAUGAUAUUGGUCUUGAAGGUCUUCGAAACAAACUGAUUUUUAUUAGUUGGAAUCCUGAUUCUGGAUCGAUCCGAUCUCGUAUGAUAUACGCUUCAUCCAAGGCUGCUCUGUGUCAGCGUCUUGAUGGAAUUCACAGUGAAGUUCAAUGCACGGAUGCAUCAGAUGUGUCCUUUGAGUCGGUGUUUGAGAAUGUUGCUCCCAAAGGAGCGAUUCCUUUUAGCAAGCCUGCUACUCCCAACGAAGAAUAAAUUGUCAUGUGUUCCUCAGGAAAA